GAGGAUAACAAGUUGUUAUGGAUCCUAGUAGGCGUUGCAAGGCCCAAUUUCCAAACAUCGGCUGCAGGAAUCCAUAUAAAAUAUGGCCCGAAGGAUAACAAGUUGUUAUUGGUCCUAGUAGGCGUUGCAAGACCCAAUUUCCAAACAUCGGCUGCAGGAAUCCAUAUAAAAUAUGGCCUGGUCACAUACAGGCAUAG